AUGUCAGAGACAGUGGAGAGGUGGAAGGGAAAGGACAGAGUGUCAAAAGAGCUGCGACUUUUGGAGCCAAAGAACACUAGUUUCAGACGCUCAGUCGCGAGUGGCUUAUUCACCGGAGAAGUAAGGUUCUGGCUACUUCCUAGCCUAAUGAUGCGUGAAGGAUACGAUAUAAGUUUACUGCCGGCAGCCAUUACUAGUAAAAUGUGCGACGGUAGAAGCUGGAGGGGUGAAGGCAAAGGAUUUCCAGGGGAAUUGUGUACUUUUGGAAACCACAGGGUGGCAGUUCGUGUAUUGGGGCUGGAGGUGGGGAGUAGUGCUGGCGGUAUAGCCAACAUUAUAGCUAUAUCAUCCUUCGCGGUCACCGACCACAGCAAAUACCAGUCUUUCUUAAACACCCUACGAAAUCGUCCCGAUGUAUUAAGGACAGCAAUCUCCCAUUGCAAGGAAUCCUAUGAGGAUAACCGUGCAGCGCAACACGUCAACAAUCAGGAAACCCCCUUUGUCUAUCGAGCAAUGCGUGACGAUGAGGACUCCAAGAUGCUGAUCAAAGGGGGGUAUGGUUAUCAGAGAUGCAACAAAGAGUAUAUGGUUUAA